AUGACCCCCAAACUUGCUGCCCCCGGCCGCCUCGCGAAGAGGAAAGGAUCAAGGCCAAGACAUGACGGUACCCAUUUUGCUUGGUUUAGCGCCUGGGCAUGGGAGGGCCCUAGAGAUGCUGUCUGGCGAUCCUACAAAACACCGAGUGCGGUCGUUCUGUUUCCAGCAAAAAUGGGCAUAAUUCUUGCCAAAAAAACUGCCAGUACACAGAUGUUCAUCACAUUGAAGGGAUUCAGUACAAAGGUUGAAAAAGCCUACCCAGAUAAAUGGCUGUCCCACCAUGCUGCCGCAGUUUAUAUACACGCUUCUUCGUCAAGGAUAGCCCUCGCCAAGACUCUUCAUCAAAUGUCGCCUUUUGAUCCAGCCAUUGAUCAAUUGGUCGAGAUCGCCCAGACCGCCUUCCAACUACCGACACCUGCUCAAGUAGCACCACCCUACGUCAUGGGCACCUUUGCAAAGAUUGUCAACAUUGUCGCGCCCAAGAGCAACAAGUCUGCCGACGGCCGCGACCAAUGGCCCUCACGCGCGGCUUUCCUCCUCGCCUCCAUGGGUGGCUGCGCAGGCAUGGGUAACCUGCUGCGCUACCCGAGCCAGACGUUCAACAAUCACGGGCUGCAGUGGUUCAUUCCGUAUCUCAUGUGUGUUUUCCUCAUCGCCAUCCCCGUCCUCGUCCUCGAAAUCGCCAUAGGGCAGGCCUACCGCGGAGGCUGCGUCGUCGCAUACAACAACAUAAGCCACCGUCUCAAGGGCACCGGCCUUUCGCUCAUCUUUGUCGGCACAGUCGUCAGUCCGUACUUUGUGGUCAACCUAGCCUGGAUCAUGAUUUACUUUCGCAAUUCUUUUCGAAGCCCACUUCCGUGGACAGGCCGAAGCGAAGAGUUUUACAUGCAGGAUGUGGUAGCCAAUGUCGACCCCAUACCCGGCAAUUUCUCUGCCGAUGGAUCAUCCGUCACGAAAUACGUCGAAUACCCCGGCGUGGCAGUCAUUGGCGAGACUGUAGGCUGGGCCGUUUUCACCUGGUUCCUCGUCUGGGUGUCCAUUUUUCGCGGCGUCGGCCUGACCGGCCGCGUCGUGUACUUCACCAUGGGCCUUCCAAUCGUCAUUACCUUUAUCCUCAUCGGUCGUUCGCUCUCGCUCGAGAAUGCCGCACGCGGCGUUCGAUUCUUUUGGGCAACGUGGAAUGGUAGUCAAUUGUCAAGAGGCACCAUCUGGCAGACAGCCUGUGGGCAGGUCUUUUUUUCGACAGGCGUCGGUUUUGGCUACUUUACGUCCUAUGCAUCUUAUAACCAAAAGUACUCCAACGCUGUCAUGGACUCCAUCAUGAUUGUUAGCAGCAAUGUCUUGUUUGAAAACGUCGCGGCGUUCAUCGUCUACGGCGUGAUUGGCUUUCUCGGCAUCACACCUGGCGGAGGUGAGCGACUCGGCAGUUUUGUGGUGGGCUUCAUCACCCUGCCUACAGCCGUCACGCAGAUGCCCGGCGCCAACUUUUGGGCCGUCAUGCUCUUCUUCACCCUCAUGGUUCUUGGAUACAGCUCAGCAUUUGCCAUGGUCGAUGCGAUUGUCACUCUGAUCAUGGAUGCCCACCCACGGUUCAGUCGACCCUGGGUAGUCACCGCCGUCGUACUGGCCUUCUUUUGCCUGACUUUGCCAUAUUGCACCGAGUUUGGCUUCUAUUUGCUCGACGGCGUCGAUCGCUGGAUCAACGACGUAGGCCUGGUAUUUGUUGUCUGGGCUGAGUGUGUUACAUCCACAACCUUGUAUCGAUGGCGCGACGUUGUUGGCCAAGUUGGCCUGCCGGCUUUCCUGUCUUUCAAUGGUGGCUUUUUUGGUGGCAUGGUGCUCGGCGUCGCGAUUGCUCAGGCUGUGUCGCCAGUCGCUGGUGCAUGCGUAGGAUUCGGCAUCUUCAUUAUUGGCCUGGUUGCAGCUAUCCUGUUGGGAAAGGCGCCCGACGCAGCAGCUCCAAAAUGGUGGAACAGAAGCGUCUUUGGCUCGCGUAUCUGGUUUGUCGCACUCUACUCGGGUAACCAACUUCGCCGCGACUUGAACGAGAUUGUCGGCCAAGGGACAAACUGGAAAAUUCCUGCAUUCUGGGCGCCGCUGGUUCGCUACAUUGCGGCGCCGACCUUGUCCAUCGUGUACAGCUUCUCAUAUCCAUCAUUCUAUGAGCUGCGAGACGACCCGCUUCACAUUUUCGGGUUUGCAGUUGGCCACAUCGCUUUGAUUAUUAUAGGAGCUGGUCUCAUUGUGCCGCGCUGGUUCGAUAUUCUGAUUCCACCGCCGCGUCGGAACGAGGGCCAUCAUGACUAUGGCGCCAACGUUUUGGUCCCCGCUGAUGAUGUUGGAUCUACCAGUAGCGUGGAAGCUGGAAAUGGCAGUGACCAAGAAGCGAAGAAGAGAGGCAUCUAG